AUGUUCAUUAAUCGCUGGUUAUUUUCAACUAAUCAUAAAGAUAUUGGAACACUGUAUUUAAUAUUUGGGGCCUGAGCAGGUAUAGUGGGCACUGCUCUUAGCAUCUUAAUUCGAGCAGAGCUUGGUCAACCUGGGGCUUUACUAGGUGAUGAUCAAAUCUAUAAUGUAGUUGUAACAGCUCAUGCAUUUGUUAUAAUCUUCUUUAUGGUUAUACCAAUAAUAAUUGGGGGAUUUGGAAACUGACUUGUACCACUAAUAAUUGGAGCCCCUGAUAUGGCAUUCCCUCGAAUAAAUAACAUAAGUUUCUGACUUCUACCCCCCUCAUUCCUUCUUUUAUUAGCAUCAUCUAUAGUCGAAGCGGGAGCUGGAACUGGUUGAACAGUCUACCCCCCACUAGCAGGAAACUUAGCACAUGCUGGAGCAUCCGUAGAUCUUACUAUCUUUUCACUCCAUUUGGCUGGAGUAUCUUCAAUUUUAGGGGCUAUCAAUUUUAUUACUACAAUUAUUAACAUAAAACCCCCAGCCAUAACACAGUAUCAAACCCCCCUAUUUGUCUGAUCAGUAUUAAUCACAGCUGUUUUACUAUUAUUAUCUCUACCUGUCCUAGCUGCUGGAAUUACAAUGCUACUUACAGAUCGUAAUUUAAAUACAACUUUCUUCGAUCCUGCCGGAGGAGGAGAUCCAAUUCUAUACCAACACCUAUUUUGAUUCUUUGGUCAUCCAGAAGUAUACAUCUUAAUCCUACCGGGCUUCGGAAUUAUUUCACACAUUGUUACUUAUUACUCCGGAAAAAAAGAACCUUUUGGCUAUAUAGGUAUAGUAUGAGCAAUAAUAUCAAUUGGAUUCCUGGGCUUUAUUGUUUGAGCUCAUCAUAUAUUUACAGUAGGACUUGACGUAGACACACGAGCCUAUUUUACAUCAGCCACUAUAAUUAUUGCAAUCCCAACUGGAGUAAAAGUAUUUAGCUGACUAGCAACGCUUCAUGGAGGAAACAUCAAGUGAUCACCAGCUAUACUAUGAGCCCUAGGGUUUAUCUUCUUAUUUACAGUUGGAGGUCUAACAGGUAUUGUCUUAUCAAACUCAUCCUUAGAUAUUGUAUUACAUGAUACUUAUUACGUAGUUGCCCAUUUCCACUACGUUCUAUCAAUAGGAGCUGUAUUUGCUAUUAUAGCAGGCUUUGUUCACUGAUUCCCUCUAUUUUCAGGCUAUACUCUUGACGAUACAUGAGCAAAAGCCCAUUUCAUUAUUAUAUUUGUUGGGGUAAACAUAACAUUCUUCCCUCAACACUUCUUAGGGCUAGCAGGAAUACCACGACGCUAUUCUGACUACCCAGAUGCUUAUACUAUAUGAAACACUGUGUCAUCAAUAGGAUCUUUUAUCUCACUAACAGCCGUGCUUGUAAUAAUCUUUAUAAUCUGAGAGGCUUUCGCUUCUAAGCGAGAAGUUCUCACAGUAGACUAUUCCUCAACGAACCUAGAAUGACUUCACGGUUGUCCUCCCCCCUAUCAUACAUUUGAAGAACCUACUUUCGUUAAAGUAAAAUAA